AUGAUCCAUAAUAUGUAUCUGGGCAGACUGAAUAAAAAAUCGUUGCAAAUACCCGGCUCAAAUUUAGCUCAGUUGACUUCAGGCACUUCAAAAGAAAGAGGCCAGUCUACCAUAAAUUCUCCAUCAGUAGCACAAUUUCCUUUUGCCCGGCUUAUCAUCUCGGAUCGCUCACGGUGGCUGUCAUCGGAAAAUCGGAAAACAGGUUGGACGUCGCCGAACCAAAAUACAACGUCACUUGUCCCUGUUGAGCAAUUGAUCAUGCUGCGCCCACCAAUGCCAUUCACACGUCAACAUUCGAACGUUGGUUUGCUUUCUUCUCCCUCGACACUCGUUGCGCAGUUUCUUCGGCGUACGGCCGAAACCUGGAGGAAUAUGUCCACGGGAUGUGGAGAGCUCAACGAGCGCCCUCGAGACUCCUUGAAGGUGCUGAACAGAGAGAAGGAGAUCAGUGUAGAGGUCAACGGGGAACAUGAGCGAGCAACUCCGGAAAAGUCUUCGACAUUCAAAUGUGGGACUCCUUACAUGCACCAGCCAUCCAAGGAUGGUCACGAUUACUGGAACGAUCUGCUGAAACCCCUUCAAGCACACGACAAAACACAGUGCAAAGUUUGGGAAGAGGAGGUACAAAAUAUCCUAAUUUUCGCUUCACUUUUCUCCGCCGUUGUUACGGCGUUCAUCGUCGAGUCCUACAAGAACCUAAAGCCCGAUCCCACCGAUGCGGCCGUUGUCCUUCUUAUGCGUAUUGCCGCCCGUCUCGAUAACCCAGUCAAUAGUUCAACGUUAUCACCCUCGCUCGACGAAACGCCCAUCCCAUUUUCGCCUUCUUUGACCCUCGUCAACGUUUUCUGGAUUCUGAGUCUUGUUGUGAGCCUCACCACAGUGCUCAUAGGGAUCGUCUCUUCGCAGUGGUUACGAGAGCACCAGCUGUACCCAGCUCACUUUUCGACAGAGGAGAAAUUCGCGCUAUUCAACAUGAGGACGGAGAUGUUAAAUAGAUGGUACAUCCCGGCCUUCUUUGCGUCUCUUCCCGUCCUUCUCGAGCUCGCCCUUGUCCUGUUCUUCCUUGGCCUCGCAGAAUUCCUCCGGUCUCUCGGUGUCACGCAAGUUACAGCACCGAUAAUAGUCGCGAUAGGAUUAUCGCUCUUAUUUCUUCUGGCCACGACCGCGAUUCCAGCGCUUCAAGUCCUCACGGUUCGAUCAACAGCAACUCAGUUCAAUAAGACAGUCCCGGUUCCAUGUCCAUACAAAUCGCCGCAGGCACGACUAUUUCGUUUGGCUGUCUCGUCCAGGAUGGGAAAUUUUCUCAUCCACCACACAUUUUCUCCUAUCUACUCUCUAUUCGUCGUUUCGGCCAAGUACGCUCGCGCUCUUCGUUUCCCUUCCAGUUUUCCGCCUUCUUUUCCAACCCUGGUCCCUGAAUCCUUCAAAAGACGCGCUUUCAAAGCUCGUGCGCUCAUCAGGCUGCGAUUGGAUUAUAUUCUCGGCCGCCGAAGGAAGCCGCGCGACCUCUUCGAGUCCUACCAGCCUAGUUAUCCGAACUAUAAUCCCGUGAAUGCCCAUUCCUGGACCGACCUCGACCUCGAAUGGAUAUCCCUUCGUCGACAUUAUUCCUCUCAAGUGCUCGUAGGGUGGCACGGGAAUCGAGAAGGCGGCGGUCUCGAGAAGGAGUUGCAGUUCGGGCCCCUGUUCGACCACAUUCGAGGGAUUGAACUCGCUUGCACCCGUCAUCACACCGUCCUCCUGUCUGCAUACCAUUGUUUCGUGGACUGCAUAUCAACGGCACCACCCGGCCAACCAUCUCUCGACUUAGCAUCUACAUUUUAUGGGGACGAUUACUACAAGACCGUUGUCGAGAUUCUGCGGCCCCGCGGAACGGUUCUCGUGUCAGAUGUUGUUCCCAAACCUCAACGCCGAACUCGAAUAUACUCCAGGGACCUGCUUUACGAUGAAGCUAUCCUUCUUUUCAUCGAAAGGUUCAACAUACCUGUGCCGGAACGUACGAAAACGGAGCUCAUGCUUCGCGUUCUCGACUAUGUUUCUAAUAAUUGCGGUCAUUGGACGCCUGACGCGAAUGGGCCGCCGAAAGGGCUUCCCAUUCCGCAGUCGCGGAUGUACAAGACGCUGGUCAAAUCUUUCUUUUGGGAAACCCCGCCGACAGAUUCGCUAGUAGACGCGCCGAUGGAAUAUCCAUAUUCAUUCUUCAGGAAUAUUGCCAACGGGAAAAUGGAUUGGUCCGUCCACCAGAUCUUCCUCGAGGAAUUCCGUGGCAUUCUCGCCGAUUACCUUCGGUCUUCACUGAGCGCAGAGUUACGUCAUUCUGGACUUUUAGACAGAGCAGUGUCCACCCUCAACGAGAACUUCAGGCACCAUUGGGAGUCAACACGGCGACCAGGGAAUCGUGUUUCAGCCCCAUGUGUGGAACAUGAGAGUGCUUAUUUUUUGUUAGGAUCCUGGGCUAUUGUCGAAGCAUAUAUGCUCAAUCACAGGCACCACGCUGACCGCGUUCCACGAAGCGUCCUCGAUCUCGCAGCGACGACGCGGGGAGUAUGCAGAAAUGUACUCGCUGCCCAGGCAGAGCCUUUUACUAGGGCCAUCCUCGUGUCUAUUGCGAGCGUAUGGGGAAGGGAGGUGCACUUCGUUUGUCGACAUAUCACGUUCCACAAUCGGCUGCAGGAUAGCAUUCUAGGAUCUCUGUUAAAUCACGCUGAUAACGAUAACCCCCCAGAAGUCGGCCUAGAGGUCUCGUCCUCAACUACAACAGACGAAAAAGAUGUUGUGAAAGAUAAUCAGAGGGAUUCUUCGUCACGAAAUCGGGAGCGUAGCGUAUCGGAUGAGUAUAAUCUAGCAGAGUCUGGAUUCUUGUUGAAGUAA